AUGGACGCAGGACUAGAUACCGUUGAGGAAGAUGUCGAGCGCAAUCGUGUGGGCAAGAACCCUUUCGAUCAAAGGUUCACUGCUCUGACGGAAUCGCCCUUCACCGAGACGUCGACUUCAACAGGUCAAAUUGGAAACGGCGGCCAUGAGAUUGAGACUAUCUCUCGCCACAUCAUCGUCAGGAUGGAAGUGAUCGCCAAACAGAUCGCGUUUUUGUCGAAGGAGACCGCCGGGCAGCCACACAAGGUCCUAGCCGGAGGAGGUCGGGUUGGUGCUUCUUCUUCGUCUGCAACCUCCGCGGGCCGGCUGCAGCGGAACGUCAGCGUCGAGGGUGCGGCAGAGAGGCCGUUGGACACAAGAGCCGGCAACGCCAAAAUCGGUAGCAGAUCAGGUUUUAACGACAUCGGAACAGGCGUAGCAAGCGGUGAUUCGUCCUCGCCGUUCGGGGCUCCGCUAGUGGCCAGGCUCGAUCUCUACCGCAAGAUUCGUCAGGGUCUGGCCACAGCCGAAGACCUCCUUCCGGCGGGCAUGUUGUCGGCGGCGCCUUCAGGCAUGGCGUCGUCCCGGCCAACGCCGCUACCGGCGACUGUGACGUCCCUGUCCAGCGACGGUCUCGCUUCAUCCACAGCCCCGGGUAUCCUUCAUGGAUUUAUCAAGCACGUGAAGCCCUUCUCUGUCUGCUACGCGUCGGCUGCGCAAGCGAACGGGCCACCGAAGGAGAACGAUGACGACAUGCAUAAGAACGCGAAGAGUGUGAGCACGUUUGUCGAGGACGAGGGCCACGGUGACGGCAACUCCAACGGCGGCGGCGACGGCAACUCCGACAACGGCAAUGGUAGCGGGGUUGCGGCCAACUUCUGCUACUACGGGGAUGAUAUGCCUUGCUCUCCGUAUGAGGCUACCAUCGGUCACGCAACGCCCACCUCAUCAGCGGGACGCAGCCCUACCACAACGAUGGCAGCGGCAGCAGCGGCAGCAACUGCAGGGGAAGGACUCACGCACACCAGGGCGGAAAAAGGCGGCGACAGCGGCGAUGGCAGCAGGAGCUGCGAACAAGGAGAGGAGCAGGAAAGGCAACACGGAGCUCCACGAAAGCCUGCCUUGCCCCCUGCCGGAGGCGCCGAGGCUCUUCGCCGGGCUAAGGCGCGCCUCCAGGGAAAACGAAAGCUGUCAUACCCCGGCUUCUCUUCUCCGAUCCCCGAGAACCCCAUCACGAGACUCGGUUACUGCGAACAGGCGGUAGGCAAGGACAUUGCUGAAGGAGGUAGGUACCGGGAUGGGGGACUUAUGUCGGUGGAGGGGGUACGAGGUGGAGGAGGAGGAGGAGGGUCAUCGGCGCUUCACAGUUCGCUUCGCGGCACUGAUACAUCAACGCCAAGCGCAGCUACAACGGUGGCUGCGGUGGCAAGGCUUAGGACUUCGAGCGGUGUUGCUGGGACGCGAGGAGUGGGAGGUUUUUCUCGACGUAAAAGAAACGGCAAUGAUAGCAACACCAACGACAGCAACAGCUGCAAUAGCAACAACGGAGAAAGAAAGGGAGCGACCGGUAAGAAGAGACGGGGCGCGGUGGUCGGCGGAGUUCAUGGUGGAAGAAACGGCGGCGGAGGUGGAGCUGAACCUGGUUGGUCGGUUCUUUCCUGGGGCUCAGCGAAGCAGCUGCGCAAGCAAAUGGAGGCCGCAGCAACAGCAGCAGGCAAGACUGCUUCCGAGGGAAAAGGAGGGAGACGCAGCAAAGGUCGGGGAGGAGGAGGAGGAGGAGCGGCCUCCAGCAAGAAAAAUAUCACUUUAUCAGACCCGGUGACUGGAUCAGGAGGGGGAGGGGCGGUCUCUUCCAUUGGCCCCCUCGGCCUCGUACCGUGUUCGAACGCCCUCCGCCUGGAGUUUCCUCCUGCUGCGGAGGGGCUGGAGUGUUACCUAGUGUCACUCGCCAAUCCAUUCAGGGACCUGGCCGCAAUGAAGAGCGCCUUCGAGGAAGAACCCCAGCUCUCCCCAGAAGUUUCGGGUGGAAUGGUCCCCUUCCCGGAGGCAUCACCACCUCUCUCCGCCUUGGGGGGAACGCCCCCGUCGGAUGGGUUCGACUUUGUUCUCGGCCCGGACUUCCAAAAUGAAACCGCCGUCGCCACCGCCGUCGUGGCGGCAGUCGACCACAUCCACGAGGUUGGCGCGAACGUCAAGGCCGACGUUCCCAAGGGGAGUACACAUCCGGGUUCAGAAACGCCGAAUCCGAACACUGCAGGGCCUCGUGGCGGCGCAUUGCGUACAGUUACGGCGCAACAGGCACCGCCACCGCUUCCAUCGCCCCCGGUGCGCCCGAGCGACGCGGCGGCGACUGCAAAUGGGCUCAAUCCAGGCGGGACUUGCAUGAUUGACCUCAGGAACAUUUGGCAGCGCACGGGGGCAGUCUCGCGGGCCAUCUCGCAGGCGAGGAGUGGGCACACCAGUCCCUGGAAUAUCUCCACCUUAGCGGACCCGAAUAGGCUCGAGGCGCCGUGA